GGGUUGUAGCUGCAGAACAGUGGGAGACCAGUUCAGACACUGCAGUGGAGCAGCUGAAUGCUUGGUGACACCAUGUCUGACGUGGGAUUUAAUGUGAUACUGACCACUCUGCUGACCGGCACCCUGCUGCUGGCAGUCCUGGCCCUCCUCUGCUAUUUUACCUGCAGACUGGCCGGGUCGAUGCCUCUGGGUGGACCUGGCCGCUUUUGAGGUCGGUGAUGCGGCUGCAACCGGCCUGCCGUGUCCGAGCUGUGACACAUCUCGGCUCCUCAAAGUGACAUCAUAUGGCUGUCUAGCUUUGCAGCACAGAGACGACAACAUGAAGGCAUCCGCUCUGCUCAUCAUUUGCUCCUGUCUCCUCCCAGUGAGGUCGGAGAAGCCAAAAUUCCCUGAACAAGAGAAAGAUCCCAAGUUUUGGAACGCAUGGGCUCAGAGGACCCUGAAGAACGCCUUGACUCUGCAAAUGCUCAAUAGAAACAAAGCCAAGAAUCUCAUCCUCUUCCUUGGCGAUGGGAUGGGUGUUGCCACGGUGACGGCCGCUCGAAUACUCAAGGGUCAGCUGAACGGACAGAGUGGAGAAGAGACGCUGCUGGAGAUGGACAAGUUUCCUUUUGUGUCUUUAUCCAAGACGUACAACACCAACGCUCAGGUGCCGGACAGCGCUGGGACAGCCACGGCUUAUCUCUGCGGCGUUAAGGCCAACGAGGGCACCGUCGGCGUGAACGCAGCUGCCAUCCGCUCCCAGUGCAAUACCACCCAGGGCAACGAGGUCACCUCCAUCCUGAGAUGGGCUAAAGACGCAGGAAAGUCAGUGGGAAUAGUGACUACGACACGCAUCAACCACGCAACUCCAAGUGCUGCUUACGCUCAUUGUGUGGACAGAGACUGGUACUCGGACAGCGAGAUGCCAGCUGAAGCCCUCAGCGCUGGCUGCAAGGACAUCGCCCAACAGCUCUUCGAAAACAUCCCAAAUAUCGAUGUGAUUAUGGGUGGAGGAAGGAAAUACAUGUUCCCCAAAAACAUGUCAGAUGUCGAGUAUCCAAAUCAACUGAAGCACAGCGGUACGCGAAAUGACGGAAGAAACUUAGUGCAGGAGUGGCUCGGCCGAAUGAAAGAGAAGAAAGGCCGUUAUAUCUGGAACAAGAAACAGCUCUUAUCCCUGAACCCAAACAACGUGAAUUACUUAUUAGGUCUCUUUGAACCUGCGGAUAUGACUUAUGACUUGGAGAGGAACCAUGACACUGAUCCGUCCCUGACGGAGAUGGUAGAGGUCGCCAUCAAGAUGCUGAGGAAGAACCCCAAUGGAUUUUACCUGCUUGUGGAAGGAGGACGUAUUGACCACGGGCACCAUGAGGGCAAGGCUAAGCAGGCUUUGCACGAAGCUGUUGAAAUGGACCGGGCGAUUGGCCGGGCGGAUCUCAUGACCAGCACCCAUGACACCCUGACCAUAGUUACUGCUGACCAUUCACACGUCUUCAGCUUUGGAGGCUACACAGUCAGAGGAAAUACUAUAUUUGGCCUGGCCCCCCUACUGAGUGAUGUUGAUCAGAAACCGUUCACUUCCAUUUCAUAUGGCAACGGACCGGGGUUCAAAAUUGUUGACGGGGCAAGAGAGAAUGUUUCUACUAUUAACUACGAAGAAAAUGACUACCAGGCCCAGGCAGCUGUACCGCUGAGCAUGGAGACUCACGGAGGAGAGGACGUGGCUGUGUUUGCUAAGGGUCCCCUGGCUCACCUGCUACACGGAGUCCAUGAACAGAACUACAUCCCCCAUGUCAUGGCGUACGCGGCCUGCAUCGGCCAGAACAGGGACCACUGUAUGCUGACUGGUGGAUCAGUCAGUUUACAGCCAGUCUUCAGUAGCGUCGCAGCCAUUCUCACAAUCAGUCGACUUCUGUGCUGACGAUCCCCAGACACCCCCCCCUUAACCAGUCUUUCAUUUCAAGAUUUCUGCAUGUUUUUUUUUUUAAGUUUUCUAAUUUCUCUUUACAAUACUUGGAUUAUGGGACCACUGCUAAGACUAUGUUUUAGUUAUAAUAAUAAACUGAUAAAAAGCAUAGGCAAAUGGACAGUAUAUCUGAGGCAUCUCAAAAUGCACAGCCCCAUUUUUAAAAAUAUGAAAUUUAAUGGAUAAUGUUAUUAAAAAAAUAACUUUUCAUAUUCUCCAUUAACACAUUUGAUUAAAGCAGCAGUAGUAGUGGUACUUAGUAGUGAUGGUUGAAAUCUGUUUUGCAGGUGGACUGAGCAGAUUUGAUGACCCCUUGGAAACAAUAGCUACAUGUUUGGUAGACCCUGACCCAGAGCGGUCAAAACUAGCAUCAUACCAUAACUGUGUAGACCCAAAUGAGAAUCCAUUUAUUUGUCAUUCUAAUGUUUCUUUUUCUUGCCAAUGCUGUUGUGUAAACAUGACAUUUCACAACACUGGAUCAUACAGUCUUAAAGGGUGAUCAAACGUUCUAUCAGCUUUUGGAGGAAACAGCAGUCAACUUGGAGCUAAAUAGUUAUCUAUUUCAAGUCAGUGAGUAAUUUCAAAAUGUUAUAUGUCAAAGAAUUUUAUCUUAGUGAGUAAUAUAAAUACUUUUGAUUCAAAUGUGAACAGAUUUUGAACACACAGGCUUGAGCCCCCCCCUCACACCGACCGGGAUGAAGUGGGGACAUGAACUGGAUGGAAGGAUUUUUAUUAUUAAAAAAUAAUGGUGGUGUAAUUUUAAAUUCUGCUCCUAAAUACUUUCAGUCUAUUCAGUCAAUUAUGUGCAACAUAAAUAAAAAAAAGUGUUGCAGAGAUUGCCAUAAAAAUCACAUUUUGAAUGUGACCUUUUAUUUUUUUAGGCAUGUUCAGUUGUUUUGCUAAAUGUAAACCUUGUUUAAACAGACAGAAUUUGCAAAUGUUAGAAAUUGUGUUGUAUUUCAAAUGCAGUCAACAAAAUCUACCUCACAAGCUUCCACAACAUCACUCAUCCCAAUGAUUUGUCUUCAAGGACACGUUUUAAAGAGCAAUGUAUUUUGGCCAAAUCAGAGGGAAAUAAAUGUAGAAUUGACAAAAUACAAAAAGAAAAAUACUUCCCAUUAUGCUGCACAAUUUUGAUGCUCGCAAAACAGCAAUGAGAACGCCCACUUAUUAUUGUCUUGUCCAAGAACAGAUGUUUGUUUUAACUAAUAAACUUGUUUUCUAAUGA